UUUCCCUCCCCCUUCACCAUUUUUUUCCUCUAAAACCCUUAUCUUCUCCAUUUCCUAAUAAUUUACAGUAUGUCAACAUCAGAAGGGGCUGCUAACGGCGUUCCAAACGCCGGAAUUAUUGAUACCCAGAGGCAGCAGCCUCCCGGAAACGGGGUUUUAGCAGUGAAAAAGCCACCGGCUAAGGAUCGACAUAGCAAGGUAGAUGGUCGUGGCCGCCGUAUCCGCAUGCCGAUCAUAUGCGCCGCCAGGGUAUUCCAGCUUACUCGUGAGCUUGGCCAUAAGUCUGAUGGUCAGACCAUCGAGUGGCUCCUUCGUCAAGCUGAACCCUCGAUUAUUGCCGCCACCGGCACUGGGACGACUCCGGCCAGCUUCUCUACAGUUUCGGUUGCUGUUCGGAAUUCCAAUAAUUCGUCGCUUUCAGCAGCACUUGACCAGAAAUCUUCGUCGCAGCAUCACCAGCACUUAAUCUCUCCGACUCCUUUUAUACUCGGGAAACGGCUCCGGUCAGAAGAAGACGGUCUAGACGGAGGAGGAAAAGAGGAUAACAUGUCUUCAGCUACUGUUGUUAGCGCCGCCGCGGGUGGAGGGUUCUGGGCACUGCCAGCCAGGCCUGAUUUUGGCCAGGUGUGGAGUUUUGCUGCGGCGCCACAGGAGAUGGUGGUGUCAUCACCUACUGCCCUGGCAUCGCAGCAAGGAAGGUUCAUCCACAAUCAACAGCCAAUGGGCGAGGCGUCGGCGGCUAGGGUUGGGAACUACCUUCCGAUGACCCAAGGACACUUGAAUUUGCUUGCGUCAUUAUCCGGCCCUCCGCCACAAUCCUCCGGUAGAAAAGACGACGAUACUCGCUGAAUUGUCUGUCAAUCGGUAUUGCUUGCUGUCAAUAUCUAUAUAAAUAUAUGCAUGUUGUAAUUUGUGAAAUCUGUGUGUGGAGGAAGAAGGAUUGUUAGCAUUUCAGGACUAGGGUUUUAGUUGUUUUAGCCGCGUGAUUUUAGGGUUUCUGCAAUUCUCGAUGAAAUCAAGCAUCUUAGAUUAUAGGGUCUUCUACCCCCUUUCUUUCCCUGCAUUUUUUUCAAUUAGGGUUUAUCCAUUUUUUCUAGUCUAUAAUCUCUGGUUCAUAUCGAAUGAAGUCUUGGGAGAAAUUGAAUCAAGAAAAAUCUACAGGGUUUGAACGGGGAUUCAUAUCCAGAAAUUAAAGCUGAUUCACAGACAUCAUUGCAUUCUAGAGCUGGGCUUCUUGAAGAAGACUAUUGAGAAGUGAAAUCAAAUGAUCUCUAUCAAUUUCUGGGCAAAUUGACAGGGAAAACAUGCUUUUGUGGAUCAUCAUCCUUUUUUGUUCUUGUUAUCUCUGUGUGCUUGCACUGUUUCAAUGUGAUCUCAAAGAGACCGAUGCAGUUUAGGGUUUACUCAUCACCCAUUCCCAUUGUUAGAUUACUGUGUGUGUGGAAAAUAAUAAUAAUGUAAUCCGUCAUCAUCUGUAUUUAAGUGAGAUUUUUUCGGGGUUGCCUGUGGUGCCAAUAAAUAACCAUAUGUUUCUCUGUCUA